CAUCCAUCCCUCCCUCCCUCCCUCCAAGCGCAGCGGAAGCCGGGAUGGAGACGGCACUCCGGCGAAGGCGGCGGCGGCGAGGGAUCCGUCAUGGGAUCCACUCCUAGCACGAGAGGGAGAGCCAGCCGUCGGCAGAGACCCCCCUCUCUUUCGGAGGGGGGCGCCCUUUUCCCGGGGCUGCCCCGGAGGAGGGAGGCGAUCUCCACCUUGGAGUCACCCUAAAAAGAAGAGGAGGAGAUACCCAGUUGUUGUUUUUUAAUUUUCCCUUUUUUUGGAACCGCUGGCGGGGCUCGAACCCGCCGCCACCGCCGCCCCGUCGGAUUGACAGCCGCGCCGUCCGGCCGGAGAGCGGCGGGAUCCGCAGCGCAUCUUCGCUGGGACGCCUUGACCUGGGAGGGCGUGGAAGGAGAGGAGGGAGAGAGAGAGAGAGAGGAGGGGGCGCCCCCCUCGCCCCCCAGAAACCCCUCGCCCCCUUAGUCCUGCUCGCCUCCGGAUGGGGCAGGCAUGGCCGCCUUAGCCAGCUCCUUGAUCCGGCAGAAACGGGAGAUCCGCGACCCGGUGGCCAGCCGGCCCGUCUCCACGCAGAGGAAGGUUUGCCCUCGAGGGACCAAGUCUUUAUGCCAGAAGCAACUGCUCAUUUUAAUCUCCAAAGUCAGACUGUGCGGGGGGAGAAAGGGGCGGCUGGAGAAAACGCCCGAGCCACAGCUGAAAGGCAUCGUCACCAAACUCUUCUGCAGGCACGGCUAUUAUCUCCAGGUCCACCCCGACGGCAGUAUUGACGGCACCAGAGAGGACACCAACGGCUUCACCCUCUUCAACCUGAUUCCCGUGGGACUACGCGUGGUCGCUAUCCAGAGCACCAAAUCGGGCCAGUACGUCGCCAUGAACGCCGAGGGCUACCUCUAUACCUCUACUCACUUCACCGCCGAGUGCCGUUUCAAGGAGUGCGUCUUUGAGAACUAUUACGUCAUGUAUUCCUCCACGCUCUACCGGCAGAGGGAGUCUGGGCGGUCGUGGUACCUGGGCAUCAACAAAGACGGGCAGGUGAUGAAGGGAAACCGAGUCAAGAAGACCAAAGCCGCCGCCCACUUCCUGCCCAAACUGCUGGAAGUGGCCUUGUAUCGCGAGCCUUCCUUACACAACGUGGUGGAGCCGGUCCUGGCGAAGAAGGCAGAGGAGGCCGGUGCCGCCGCCGCGCCCGUCAAAGAGAUCUCCAAGGCGGAAGCCACGUAGCCCCGAGGAAUGGGGGGGGUGCCCCUUCUCCUCCACCCCCCAUUCCUCCCCCGUGCAAGCCGCCUGCACACACUACCACCCCACACCUCCGAGACGGCCGCCGGCCAAGAAACAGCUUCCCAAACACACCUUCACGGAUCUUCCAUCUUCUCUCAGGAUGUGUCUCCCCUCCUCUCUCGCUGUCUUCCGCCUCUGCGGGACUUUGGACCCGGACAGGAUCCGGCCGGGAAAGGAGGAGGUCCGUCGUCGGCCGCCAACUUGGACGAGGGGGGGAAAAACAAGUCUUCCGUUUUGCACUUACAGGUGCAAUACGGCCUCCGGCCACACGGGGGUGACAUUGCGACGCCGGGAUUUUUCUUCUUCUUCCAAACUGUGACAAAUCCACUGUGUAUGGGGCUUCCGGCUUCCCUAUUGCAGAAGUUGUUGCGUCUCGUCAGGGAUAAAAGCGGCGUUUUUUGCAACCCAACCGAUCCACAGCAGUCUUCCAAAAUGGCGCAACGUCUUCGCCAAGGUGGACGGCACAACUUCAGGGAGAAGGAGAGCGGCAAGUGUUUUCAAAAAAAAGUGUGUCGACGUUCUUCUAACAGCCAAUGGAAAACGACACAGUUUCCUACUCUGGGGGGUGGGGUUUGGAGGGGGGGUUUCGAUUUCGUGACAACUGUGCUAUCCCCUUUUCCGCCAUCGGAGGGCGACAUUCUCCAAUCUGGAAUUGCUGCGGGAUGUAUAUAAUUUCACCGCUGGUCUUUUGGGAUUUGUGAAUAACCGCGGCAGGUGGUUAUAUGGGGGUCGGGCGGGGGGGGCCCGAAUUGACUCUUGGUUUAACCAGUUCAGGUAGCUGAGACUGUCUUCUGCCUCCAGAAGGCCCCAGGAUGUAAAAACUGGGGAGAAACCUUCAAAGCAAAACCAUCUAAACACUAUUAAGUGGAAUCUUUUUCUUCGUUUGUGGGUACUUUUUUAAAAUGAAAAACGUAAUGACUGUCCGUCCCCACAAAAAAACAAAACAAAAAUUGCAAUGCCAGUUCCGGACACUCGUGAUGCAAAGGGCUACCCUGUGUUCUGGAGCAAGAAGACUGUAUUUCUGAUUUCAGCCACCGGGGGCCGACAUUGCGCUAUCAGGAACCAAGAACAUUUUGCAGCCUGCGAAACUAACAAGUGUCAUACCCACCUCCGGCCACCGGAUGGCAGCAUUGCGUUCACGCCAAGGGGCGUUUUCCCAGCUUCCACUGCAAAAGAAGAAAAUGCAAUAACCAUAUUUGGCCACUGAGUGGCGACACUGUCAUACUGGCCUGCGGGGGUGGAGAUCGCAAUCUGGACACCCCCCAAAAAACAUAAUUUGCAACAUCUUGAUGAUCUUCCCAGCGCAUGGACCUUAUUGGGGAACAAAUAGCCAAUAACUCGGGGGAGGGUGCAUGCCAUAAAACUCUGCGCCCGCCCCCCCAAAAAAAACCCACCACCAUUUUGACACCCCCAACCCUGAUUCCUCCUCCUGCAUCCCAGAGCCAAGAUUCGCCAUACUCCAAUCCAGGCCAUAAAUGAACGAGACUGAGGGGGGUUGGGGGGGUAAGCCAAUUCGAACCCGUGUUCUGCGAGGGGGCAGCAUUU